AUGCAAACAGGACGAAGAGGCCAUCCCAACCGCCAACCCCGAGGCGACUCAUCCGAUCGCGGCAGCAGAGGACGAGGCCAAGGCCAAGGCCGAGGCCGAGGAAGAGGUGGACCUUCAUCCUUCAACUCCAGAGGCACCCGUGGGUCCUCGCGCCGGGGUGGUGGUGGUGCCCGCCCAUCGCCAGCAUACACCGCGGUCCCCGCCUACGCCUCCAUCCACGCCGGCACCCCCGUCUCCCUGAUCCUCAAACAAGACCAACCCACCGGCCACCGUGUCUCCGGUAUCGUGGCUGAUGUCCUCACCCGCGGCGACCAUCCGCGGGGCGUCAAGGUGCGUCUGCGAGAUGGUCGUGUGGGCCGCGUGCAGAGCCUUGUUAGUGAGGCGGAGGGGGAGAGGGGCGAGGCGCUGGUUGGCGGGGCGGACGCGGGGUUAGGGCGGGAUGGGGAGGUGAGGGGUGGUGGGAGAGGAGGGAGGAUGGAGAGGGAUGUUCGGGAGAAUGAUGAGUAUUUUUUUGAUGAGGCGAGGCGGGGGGAGGUUGAUAGGGGUCUUUUUGCGGCGCUGGAGGAGGCGGAUAGACGGUAUGACCAAGGGAGGGGAGGGCAUGGCGGAGGGGGAGGGGAGACGGCGGUUUGUCCGGUUUGUGGGGUUUUUGAGGGGGAUGAGGUGGCUGUUGCGAGACAUGUUGAGAGUCAUUUUGGGGAGUAG